GCUCUUUUGGCUUCUCUGCUAUUUCCUCUCUUUACACUCUCUCACCAUAAGUAAAAAAAAAAACGAACCCCAAAAAAAAAAAAGAGUGAAGAAGAUUUCGACCAUUAUCAGCAAAAUCUUAGCUGGAUCCACCACUCUCCAAAAAUAUUUCUAAACAAAAAGAAAAUAAACAGAAAGAAAGCGAAAGAGAAAGAGAAAGAGAGAGAAGUCACUACAGUAUCAGAUCUCAUUCACUGAGAAAAAAAAAGAAGAAAGAAGAACACAAUGCUCUUCUUAUUGUUCUUCUACUUCCUCUUCUCCUCCGUUCUCGCUGACCGCCGAGUCCUCCACGAGCCUUUCUUCCCCGUAGACUCUCCACCACCGUCACCUCCUCAAUCACCUCCCCUUCCUAAGCUUCCUUUCUCCUCCACCACUCCUCCAGACGCCACUUCACCUCCUUUCUUCCCUACAUACCCUUCACCUCCUCCUCCUCCUUCUCCAGCAUCCUACGCCUCCUUCCCCGCAAACAUCUCCUCUCUCAUCGUCCCUCACGCCACCAAAUCUCCUCCCAACUCCAAAAAGCUCCUCAUCGCCGCAAUCUCCGCCGUCACCUCCGCCGCUCUAGUCGCCGCCCUAAUCGCCUUGCUCUAUUGGCGUCGACGAAGAAGAGGAAGAAGUAACGAGAGUAACGUACCGGAUGAUAGCAAGACGUGGACUACCGACAGUAGCCGAAGAGUCUACCCUCCCGCUCCUCCUCAAACAGCUGCGCCUUCAGGACGGCGCAAUGCUGAGGGUAGAGUUAGUAAGCAGAGGACAACGAGGAGCUCAGCCAACACUAGCUCAGAGUUUCUUUACUUGGGAACGAUGGCGAAUCCGAGAGGAGUUGAGGAUCAAUCCGUGAGUAGUAAUCGGAGCAAUAACGGUUCGAGCUCAAGGAAGCUUGAAUCUCCAGAUCUCCAGCCUCUUCCUCCUCUCAUGAAACGAAGCUUCCGUCUAGAGGUUGGAUCAAUAGGAGAGGAGGAAGAGGAAGAGUUUUACUCUCCCAGAGGCUCAGCGAGCGGGCGGGAGACGUUAACCCGGGUCGGAUCGGUUCCGGAUCAAAAAAACGUUAGAUCUGUGAAUAACGACACUAUCUCCUGCUCUUCGUCAAGCUCAGGGUCACCAGGGAGAUCUACUUUCAUCAGCAUUUCUCCCUCGAUGAGUCCGAAGAGAUCCGAACCUAAAGAAACUGUAAUCUCAGCACCAGAGCCGCCGUUGAAGACUUCUCUAGGAACCUCUGAAUCAUCCCCGGGAAAGAUAACUGACUUCAGAUUCGUGAGGUCUCCGUCGUUAGCUUCUUUAUCGCCGGCGAAAAACGCACAAGGAGGAGGAGGAUUAGGUCAAAUCACGAGAUCUCCUACGGUUACGUCUCUCACGACUUCGCCAGAAAGAGAGAACAAAGAAGAAAACACUCUCCUGAAUCUCUCUUCACGGUCAUCUGCUUCAACGUCCCCGGAGAGACGACCUAACGAUACUCCAGAAGCGUACUUGCGAUCUCCUGCGCACUCUUCCGCUUCCACGUCACCGUACCGAUGCUUCCAGAAGUCUCCCGAGGUGUUACCGGCGUUCAUGAGCAAUCUCAGGCAAGGAUUGCAGUCUCAGUUACUCUCUUCUCCGGGACAAGGUUUAGAUGCGUUACAACCUUCUCACAAUCCAGAGUCUGCCUCGUCGUCGUCUCUUUCAUCUUCGCCAGAUAGAGACUUUAGUCAUAGCUUAGAUGUGUCUCCGAGAAUCUCCAACAUCUCAUCUCAAAUCAUACAGCCUCCUACUGUGUCUGCUGCGUCUGAAGCUUCACGAGUGCCACCACCACCUCCACCGCCACCUCCACCGACAUGGGCACGACGGAAUCAGGUGACUUAUAAGGCGUCUAGGCCACCUUCUCUCACGCCGCCUUCACAUCCUUUUGUGGUCCCAUCUGAAAACAUUCCAAAGACUUCACCAGAAGAGACUCAAAGAGAGACGGUUAGUGCUAAUGAGCCUGCAGAGGAAACUCCUAAGCCGAAGCUAAAGGCGUUACAUUGGGAUAAAGUCAGAGCAAGUUCGGACCGAGAGAUGGUCUGGGAUCAGCUUCGGUCAAGCUCCUUCAAAUUAGAUGAAGAGAUGAUUGAAACGUUGUUUGUUGCGAAGUCGUUAGACUCCAAACCAAACCAGAGCCAGACAACUCCAAGAUGUGCUCUCCCGAGCCCGAACCAAGAGAACAGAGUCUUGGACCCUAAGAAGGCUCAGAAUAUUGCUAUCCUGCUUCGCGCACUUAAUGUCACUAUUGAAGAAGUUUGUGAAGCUCUUCUUGAAGGCAAUGCUGAAACACUUGGGACUGAACUUCUUGAGAGCUUACUCAAGAUGGCACCAACAAAAGACGAAGAGCGCAAGUUAAAAGAGUACAAGGAUGAUUCGCCUGUAAAGCUUGGACAUGCUGAGAAGUUCCUUAAGGCAAUGCUAGACAUCCCUUUUGCCUUUAAAAGAGUUGACGCCAUGCUCUAUGUAGCUAACUUUGAGUCCGAGGUUGAAUACCUGAAGAACUCUUUUGAGACUCUUGAGGCUGCUUGUGAGGAACUGAGGAACAGCAGGAUGUUCUUAAAGCUUCUAGAAGCGGUUCUGAAAACAGGAAACCGCAUGAACGUUGGGACGAACCGAGGCGAUGCACAUGCGUUCAAGCUCGACACGCUCCUCAAGCUGGUCGAUGUCAAAGGCGCAGAUGGGAAAACAACUCUCUUGCAUUUCGUUGUUCAAGAGAUAAUCAGAGCAGAAGGCACACGUCUCUCAGGUGAUAACAAUACACAAGCGGAUGACAUCAAAUGCAGGAAACUCGGCCUCCAAGUAGUAUCAAGUCUAUCUUCAGAGCUUAGUAACGUCAAGAAAGCUGCUGCGAUGGACUCAGAAGUACUAAGCAGCUACGUCUCUAAGCUUUCUCAAGGCAUUUCCAAGAUCAACGAAGCUAUCCAAAUCCAAUCAACAAUCACAGAGGAAAGCAGCAGCAGUAGUGAGAGAUUCUUGGAAUCGAUGAACACGUUUCUGAAAAGAGCUGAAGAAGAUAUCAUCAGAGUACAAGCUCAAGAGAGCGUAGCUUUAUCUCUUGUGAAAGAAAUCACAGAGUAUUUCCAUGGGAACUCGGCGAAAGAAGAAGCGCAUCCGUUUAGGAUAUUCUUGGUGGUUAGAGACUUCCUCGGAGUAGUGGACAGAGUCUGCAAAGAAGUUGGGAUGAUAAACGAAAGAACAAUGGUUAGUUCUGCUCACAAGUUUCCAGUUCCUGUGAAUCCAAUGCUGCCACAACCUCUGCCUGGACUAUUCGGACGAAAGCAAUCUUCUUCUUCGUCUUCUUCAUCGUCAGACGAUGAACGUAACUCAUCUCAUUAGUUUAUUAAGAUGGGAUCAGCUUUGUUUGUGUAAAAAGUAUCCAGUUUGUUUUGCAAUAUAUAGAGGAGGUAAACAGAGACGGAAGUAUUUAUUUGUUUUUCUAAAUUUGUGUAAAAUAAUAUAGAUUUACCUUUAAAAUUUGUUCUUAAAUUUUAUUAAUAAAUCAGAAUUCAUUGUCGUUAGAUGAAAAAUAUGUUUGAAACACAGUUUUCU